CUGGCUGAUGGCCCUGGAGCGCCAGAUGUCCCAUUCAUACACGACGGGUUUUUAACGCCAGAUCUUUCCUUUUUUACUAACUAGUUUCUGCCAGUUCCUUCUGCGCCAAACUACACAUUAUCUUAUCUAGCUGGAGGAGCGACUUAAACCAUACGCUCGCACUGCAGGCAGGGCGGGUCUCUCCGCGGUUUGUUUGGAGGCGAGGAGUCGCCUCUGGAAAGCGCCGCCUCCCUCUUACUCGCGCGUUGUCCUCCACAGGCAGCGGGAUGGAAGAAACCUGGAGCCGCGCCAUCAAAGGGCUGACGGGGUUCAUGGGCUCCCUGAACCGGAGCCCCAAAGAAGACGGCAGUCCUCAGGCAGCGGCCGCGGCGGAGGCGGCCAACGCGGAGACGUUGCUACCGGAUGAAAAAGAAUUUCAUCAUGCUGCUAAAACUAAUAAUCUGGACACUAUGGAAAGACUGUUCAGGAAAAAUGUUAAUAUUAAUGCUGUAGAUACUCUGAAGCGCACAGCUCUCCAUUUUGCUGUUGCUGGAAAUCAUAUAUCUGCUGUGGACUUCCUUCUCCAUCAUAAAGCUAGAGUUGAUAUUGCUGAUAAGCAUGGACUUUCUGCGAUUCAUCUUGCUGCUUGGUCUGGAAACCUGGAGAUAAUGCUCAUGUUAAUUAAAGCAGGUGCAGAUCAAAAAGCUAAGAACAAGGAAGGAAAGAAUGUCCUGCAUUUUGCUGCUCAGAACAAUAAUGUUAGGAUAGUGGAUUAUUUUAUCCAAGAUCUUCACCUGUUGGACCUUAAUAAGCCUGAUGAGAAAGGUAGAAAGCCAUUCCAUCUGGCAGCUGAAAUGGGCCAUGCGGAACUGGUAAAUGAGCUGGUUUCUCUUAACUUAUUCACCUCAGGAAAAGACAACGAAGGAAACACUGCAUUGCAUCUGGCGGCUAAAAAUGGCCAUGAUAACGUGGUAGAAGUUCUCCUUCUUCAGUGGGAAGAAAUAAAUGAGUUCAAUCAGAAUGGUGAAACGCCGUUUUAUCUGGCUGUUGAAGGAGGCCAUGAAAAAUGUGCUGAUCUCUUACUGCAAGCAGGCAGUGACAUCAAUAUUUUGAAUAAAUACAGUACCAGUGCAUUGCAUAUUGCAACUCAGAAUGGACAUACACCUUUGGUCAGAUUUCUUAUCAAUAAAAAUAUAGAUCUCGAUGCUCGAUCUGAGCAAAAUAAUUCUGCUCUGCAUUUGGCCAUCAUAAAAAACAACCUACCAGUGAUACAAAGUUUAAUAGAUGCUAAGCAUGACUUAAACUCUCUCAAUCAGAACCAUCAAACACCUUUGCACGUGACAGCAGACCUUGGAAAUGUAGAAGUAAUGGAAAUGCUCUUAAAGGCAGGUUGUGACCUCAACAUUGUCGAUAAGCAAGGAAAAACUCCACUGGCUGUAGCUUCCAGGAGUAACCAUGCCUUGGUUGUUGAUAUGAUUAUAAAAGCAGAGAGAUACUACACGUGGGAAAAGGAAAGUUGCCAUAGUGGUGAUGACCUGUCUUUUAAACAAGACCACAGUUUGCAGACCAAGCAGAUCCGCGCCUCCCUUUGGAAUCUGGCUUAUAAUCACUUAAAAAUGCGGGAAUGGACAAAACUUGCACAGUUAUGGAAGUUUACAGAUCAACAAAUCACAGCUAUUGAGGAACAAUGGACAGGAAAAAAGAGCUACAAGGAACAUGGACACAGAAUGCUUCUGAUUUGGCUACAUGGUGUCCUCAUUGCUGGCCAGAAUCCAAUCAAACAUUUGUAUGAAGACCUGGUGAAAUGUGGAUUCCAACAACUAGCUGAGAAGAUGAGAGCAGAGAGUAAUACUGGCACAGAUUCCAAGAAAUGCACAGUUUCAUGAACUGAUCUAUCAAAGAAAGAAUGAAGCUACAUUCUCAAAUGAUUUACAAAUAAUCUAGUUAAUUUCAUUUACAAAAAACUGAUCCUUCAAAAGCAGCAUUUUGCUCAUUACACAUUUCUUUUCACUGUAAUAAUUUUGCAGGUGUAUUUGCAUAUUUAUUUGUGAGGUGAAAAAGGAUACUCCCUCCCUGGCUCUCAGCAAUGUUUUUUAAAUUAGAAAAGAUGAUACGUUUUUGCUACAACAGAAUGUAUUAAUUUUGUAAUGCACGUGUGAAUUAAAUUUAGAUGGGAAAAGUUGCUUUUUUGGAUUAUAGCUCCCAGACCUCCCCAGACGGCAUGACCAUUCCAUCUUUGGUCAAGCUAUAUAUUUGUUACAUGCAGAAUACAUAUUUUAAGCUUAAUCUAAUGAAUAUGAUGUAAAUGUAAUGGUGGGAUAGGCAACAUGCAACAUUGUGGGCAUUUAUUUUCAGCCCCCAAGGCCAUCUGGAAGCUACUCCAUUUUUUAAAUAAAAUUGGAAGAGACCAAUUUCUGCUCCUGGAGGCUCCCUACAACUAGUAAUUUUUAAGUUGAGACCUUGUGAGGGGGAGGUAUGGUAUCUAUUAAGAACUCUCAAUUCUCCAGCAAAAAUGAAGCCAGAAUCACCGAUUUAGGCAGCUCCUGUUUUCAUUUUUUUUAAAAAAAGAUUUGCACGAAACAACUAUGUCCAGGCCUGGUACAGCCCACAUCAGACUUUUAAGACAAAUAUUAUAUUUCCCAUCUUUGCUGUAUGGACAUAAAGUAAUGUUAGAUUCAUAUUUUACUUAGUACUUCGUGCCAAAUAGUAUACAAGUGAUGUUCUUUCAGUAUAAUUCAUUGCAGAAGCCUUUCUUGACACAUUUUCUUUUUUAAAAAUUACCUGUUAAAUGUUUCCUUCCACCCAUUUCUGCUAGUAGACAUCUGUUAGGAUUUGUCAUUUUAAAUAAAAUGUUCUUCCAGAAACGAUGUGAUGGAUAACAGCAACAAAAUCAGGAAGGGCUCUACAUAUAUGUGUUUCCCCCGUCAUCUUUAUCUCACUGUCAUUCCCCCCAUGACCCAUCAAAUAACUGCUUAGAAAAUUUAAGGACACUAUAAAAGUACUGCAACUGGACGGUGAAUCUACCAUGUCCGCAGCAGUGUCUGAGACACAGUAACAUCACAGCAAACAACUAGGAGUUAAUGAGGUGCACAUUUCUUACUACAGUCAACCCUUGACUUACAAACUUAAUCCGUUCCGGAAGGA